UUCGACAGAGUGGAGCAUCCUUCCGUCUCUACGCCCUUCAACCAUCUCUGCUCAGCUGUCAUUACGCGAAUGUUUUUAGUGGAGGGUUUUGGAAACCAGACCAAAGGUGUCGUUUUUACCGUGGCAAUUGAACAGAUAAAUCGUUAAAAUUGACAAAUAGUUUUAACACCACGGGUUGUUAGUUGUGGAAAAACUGGCUGGAGGCUAAGAUGGUCAGGGCUGGCGGUGUUUUAAAGUUUGCAACGCUCAUCUUUGCAUUCCUCUUAGCUGUCUUUCUGGCUUUUCAGCUGCUAGAAAUCAACCCGGACUUCAAACUGAGCAGAGUGAUUUCAAGAUCUAUGCCAGUGAAUGAAGUCUCAACAAAGCCAGUCAGGUACAAGUGUGGGCUGUCCAAGUCAUGUCCAGUUGGACACUUUGCCUUCAAGAUGACGAGUGGAGCGGCCAGUGUGGUGGGGCCCAGAAUCUGUCUGGAGGACAAAUUACUAAUGAGCGGUGUGAAGAACAACGUUGGGAGAGGAAUCAACAUUGCCCUGGUUGAUGGGAGAACAGGAGAUGCUGUCAAGACCGAGUUUUUUGAUAUGUGGGCAGGAGAUGUGGAUCCCUUUAUUAAAUUCCUGAAGGAAAUCGAGGAAGGGACAGUUGUGAUGAUGGCCUCAUUUGAUGAUCCCUCAACAAAACUCAAUGAUGAAGCCAGGAAGCUAAUUGCUGAUCUGGGUAGCUCAGCUGUCAGUAAUUUGGGCUUCCGCGAUAACUGGAUCUUUGUCGGAGGUAGAGGCAUCAAGACCAAGAGUCCAUUUGAGCAGCAUAUAAAGAACAGUGCAGACACCAAUAAAUUUGAGGGAUGGCCCGAGGUGUUGGAGAUGGAAGGCUGUGUGCCUCAGAGGCAGGACUGAGAAGUUUGUUAUUUUACCUACCAGAACUAAAUCUCUCCAGAAGAUAUUAGAAGAAAAGAGAAGAGAAAAGAGAGCUCAUUGUGCCCUGAGCAGGAAAGUGAACCUUGGACCUUUUCUCUCUCACUUCUUCAGUUUGGAUACCAUUAUGUAGAUACUUGUUUGGAAGUAGUAGAGUACACUGACUAAAGGGGACUUACCUUUCAUUAUUGGCAUGCUAUGACGCUUUCCAUUGGUGAGUCCCACAGACUUAGCAAUGAUAGAACGUUACAUUAUUGCACUGUUGCUGAUGGGAAUGGAUGUCACAGCUCAGAUUCUUUGGAGGCUAUUACUUGCUCCCUGCCUUAAUCUCAUGAUCAAAUUCCUGGUUUUUAAACCAACAUGACUUUAUGAUUCCUUUUUUCUUUCAGAGUUUAUUUAAAAAAAAACAUUUGUAUUAACAGGGUUUGAAGAUGCUUCUUGUCAUAAAAUUAUAACCAAAUGUACCAAAUUCACUGUGAAAUUUGUAAAUAUUUGUUUUUAGGGCACAGUUUCAAAGAUCCUUAUUUAAUGAGCAUUGUAAUAAUGAGAAUUUCUUAAAAUAAAUGAUAUUGUUAGUAAGGUGUAAGUGGAUUGAAAGUGUUUUAUUUCU